GACGCCCGCGGGCGACGUCACGGCCGUCGCCGCUGGAGGACCGGUCACUACCCUUUCGUGGCUCUUUGGCUUAGUUCCUGCCCCGCCUUGGCCUGGUUCCCACGUGGCCCGCGGGGGUGGGGACUGCUGUCUCUCGAGGUCCCGCCCGGGACGACAGGCUGGAGGUCACACACCCAGGGCCAGAGCUGGACUGCCUCCUGGUGCUGCAGGGGCUCUAAAGGAAGGAUGGCAGCGCUGGGCAGCCUGUCUGGUCUGCUGAGGCAGAGUGUCUUGAGGAAUGCGGCCCCCGCAUGCCGCCGCCUGCACACGUCCUCCUGGAAGGCCGACUGUAACAGAGCCGUACUCACACGGGUGCACCGGCAGGUCUACGCGCGCCUCUAUCCCGUGCUCCUGGUGAAGCAGGACGGCUCGACCAUCCACAUCCGCUACAGGGAGCCGCGGCGGCUGCUGGCGCUGCCCACGGACCUUGAUGCCCUGUCCCCUGAAGAGAGGAAGGCUCGAUUGCGGAAACGUGAGGCUAGGUUCCGAGAAACGAAGACGGAACCAGAGCUCAAGGACGACUUUGAUGUAGAGCAGUACAAGCGAUUUUGGAGCAAAAAGUAACUGCACCUUCGAACUGUCCCAGGAAGGGAGUUGUGAAGUGAAGAUGGGGGGGAGGGUGUUCUCCCGCAGCAGUGUCUGA